GCCGCCAUUGCUGUAAAAAAAUUGCGUGAACGGAGAUGACGUGACUCUCAUUAAACGGCUCUGGCUUGUAUAUCCUGUUCCAACCUAUGAGUCCAACCAAUGCCAACCUGACGGAAGGGAGAUGUUCUUUACAGGUUUUGGUGUAUGAUUUGCUUUCCCAAACUAAGUUGUCAUUAACUUUCCCAAACGUUCCUGUGAGGCGAACCACGCAGAGUGAAUCUGUGUAAAUGGCGUCCACCAAUGACCCAUUCCAAUUUCAAGAAUUUGAAGAAGCUGGCAAUCUUUUGGAAGCCAACAGAGAUGCAAUCACAAUAAGUAUUGAAGAUGAGGAUAUCAAACCUGAGAAGCAGAGAAAGGCAGCUGGUUUCUCUCCUGAUGACGAGGACCCACUGGCCGGUGAUGACAAAACAGAGCUUCUCUCUGGGGAAAAGACAAGUGUCCCCUUCUGGACAUUUGAGUACUACCAAAAGUUUUUUGACGUUGAGACCCAUCACGUGAAGGAAAGAAUCAUUGGAUCAAUGCUGCCAUGGCCUGGAAAGAAUUUCAUUCAUGUCCACCUUCGUAGGAAUCCUGAUCUAUAUGGACCAUUCUGGAUUUGCACAACCCUUGUGUUUGCUAUUGCCAUCAGUGGAAACAUAUCCAACUUUCUGGUGCACUUGGGCAAACCAAACUACAAGUAUACCCCAGAGUUUCAAAAAGUGACAAUAGCUGCAACAGCGAUCUUCAGCUAUGCUUGGUUUGUGCCCCUUGCCCUGUGGGGUUUGCUGCUAUGGAGAAACAACAAGAUCAUGAACCUGGUGUCGUACUCCUUCAUGGAGAUCGUCUGUGUGUAUGGAUAUUCCCUUUCCAUUUACAUACCAGCAGUGGUCCUAUGGAUUCUCCCAUAUGAAUGGCUGAGGUGGUGCACCGUCGUUGUGGCUCUCUGCCUCUCUGGCUCAGUUCUGGUGUUGACUUUCUGGCCUGCAGUCAGGGAUGACCACCCUAAAGUUAUCAUAGCAAUCAUGUCGGCCAUUGUUGUGCUCAACGUCCUGCUUGCGGUCGGCUGUAAGGCCUAUUUCUUCAGCAAACCAGAAGAAGCAAUACCAGCUGACAAUUCAGCUGCAACAGAGUUGACCAAAGCACCCUCUGCAACAUGAAAGGCUUUCUUUAUCUAAAGGUUCUCCGGUUGCCUUAUUAGAGAGAAUUGGGUUGCUGUGGUGAUGAAGUCAUGGGUCGUCUUGAUUUCACCUGAACUCGGACAUUCUGGCUCAUGACCUGAAAACCCAGUCUGCAUGCUUGGUACAACUGCAUGACCUCUGGAAAUAAACAAGGGUACCAAGUAUGUUAUUUCUAAUGGGAUGGGUUCUAUAAUUCCUUAAAGAUAAAUGGGGUCUUGUGUUACCAAGCACAUAAGUUCUCUUGUAGUAUGGUAUCUCCGCUUAUAUUUCUUAUGUAGAAAUAUUAAGAUUAACCAGUCGGCGCAGUUAUGUUGGUAGAAUUAAAGGCAUUUUGUAUAUGCAUUUUUUUUUUUUAUAUUCAGUUAAUGGGAACUUGUCAGUAUACUUUGUGUAAAAAAUAUUCCGUAUGAACAGCACAAAACUUAGAGGUGUUGUUAAGAUUUUUAAGGGUUGGACUUAUUAUGUACAAAAAGAUUCAUUGUAUUUUCCUCUAACUGAUUUAACCGCAAGUGCCCAUAACUAAUGCCAAAGACCCAUUCUAAAUGUCCAAGGUAUUUACAACUUUUGCAUUUUUUUUAUUAAUUUGUUUUUACAUAGUUACAAACUGAAGUUGAUAAAAUGUAUGAAAUUCAUAUAUCUCUUCUCAAUAAGUGUUUCAUUGGAAGAAUAUAAGAAAUGAUCUUUUUGUGGGACCCAUCUUUUAUUAAUGAAACCAUCAAUGAUAAAGGUGACUAUGAUUUACAGUCAACUCGGAGUCUAUGUUUAAGCACAAAUGAAAAUUUAUGAACAGAUAAGUUGCAUACUGUCUUUUAACAUUAAAUAAAUAAUUCCACAUUCAUAGAAA